ACUUGAAGCCACACAAUCAUUACAUAAACUAUACUCCAUUAAAAAAAAAAAAGAUAUGAUGGUUCAAAGCCAUUGUUAUUGUUAUUUCUUCUGCUUGAUUUCCCUUCUACUCCACACUCUUGCUUCUCCUAAGCUCCACCAUUGCCACCAUGAUCAAAGGGAUGCUCUUCUUGAAUUCAAAGAUGAGUUUCCGACUCUUCAGUAUAACGCAAAGGUUAAUGGAAGAUCGUUAAGUUCAUGGAACAAGACUAGUGAUUGUUGUUCUUGGGAGGAGGUCACAUGCGACACUAAAUCUGGCAAGGUGAUUUCACUUGUCCUUGACUUCUUUUAUCUCAACAACUCUUUGAAAACAAAUAGUAGUCUUUUCAAACUCCAACAUCUUCGUAUACUAUCCCUUUCUGGUUGCAAACUCUAUGGAGAGGUUCCUUCCUCAUUAGGAAACCUUUCUCAUCUCACGGAUCUUGUGCUUCCCCAUAACAAAUUAGUUGGUCAGUUUCCAGCUUCAGUUGGAAAUCUUACCCAACUAACGCGCUUGGAGCUUAGCGACAACAACUUCAGCGGCAUGCUUCCACAUGACAUGAGUGGAUACCAAAACCUGGAUUAUUUUGAUGUUAGAGAAAAUUCAUUUUCCGGGCCUUUUCCUACAUCCUUGUUCAAGAUUCCUUCGUUAGAUUUUGUUUUAUUGGGGAGUAACCACUUCAAGGGACCUAUGGAUUUUGGGAAUGCAUCUUCAACGUCUAGGCUAUAUUAUCUAUCCCUUAGUUAUAACCAAUUCAAUGGCCCAAUACCCGAUUCUACAUGUGAAUUUCCCCAUCUCGGAGAUUUAGAUCUUAAAUACAACAAUUUCAUUGGGUCAAUCCCUAGGUGUAUAUCAAAGUUAGACCGGCUCAUUGAUAUUGAUUUUUCCAACAAUAAGUUGGAAGGCGAAGUACCAGGUUGCUUACGGAGAUUGACGUCAGUGAGGCUUUCUCACAACUCUUUUAGUAGCUUUGGAAAAUCAUGGGAAGUUCUCAAUGAUGAAUUUACGCUUAUGUGGAUAUUGGAUCUUAAUUCGAAUUCAUUUCGAGGACAAGUACCCAAUUGGAUCUGCAAGAUUAGUUUGCUAUUGCUCUUAGAUUUUUCCAACAAUAGCUUCAACGGCUCAAUUCCUACAUGUUUAAAGAAUUGUCGGCAUCUUAAGGCUCUAAUUCUUCGUAACAAUAGUCUUAGCGGAACUCUUCCUGAAAUAUUUGUCAAUGCUACUAUGUUACUGUCACUUGACGUUAGUGGCAACCAGUUGGAGGGAAAAUUUCCAAAAUCAUUGGUCAGUUGCGAAAGUUUGGAAUAUUUGAAUGUUGAAGAAAACAGAAUCAAAGACAAGUUUCCAUUUUGGUUGACUUCUCUGCCACGUUUAAGCGUCCUCAGCCUUAGAUCAAAUGAAUUCUACGGGCCGUUAUACCAUCUUAACGUAUCCAUUGGGUUUCAAAGUUUAAGAGUCAUCGAUAUAUCGCUUAAUGAUUUCAGCGGAACCUUGCCGCCUUUCUAUUUUCAAAAUUGGCGUAAAAUGAUCAACGCAUCAGUUGGUGAAGAUAACAUCUUUGAGCCGUAUAUGGACAUACCGCUUGAUCUUCUUAGCUAUAGUAAUUCGAUGGAAAUGGUGCAGAAAGGAACAAAUAGAAAAUUUGAGCGGAUCCGAAGGGACUUUAGAGCUAUUGACUUUUCAAAAAACAGAUUUUGUGGAGAAAUCCCUGGAUCCAUUGGAUUGUUGAAAGAAUUGCGUCUUCUCAACUUGUCAGGUAACGCAUUCACAAGUGGUAUACCUCAAUCAUUGGCAAAUUUAACAAAGCUCGAGGAACUAGAUCUAUCCCAAAACCAGUUGUCAGGUCAGAUUCCUCGCGAUCUUGGUAGCCUCUCCUUUCUGUCAACCAUGAACUUCUCCCACAACAAUCUCGAAGGUUCAGUGCCGCGAGGUACACAAUUUCAAAGUCAAAAUUGUUCUUCAUUCAUGGACAACCCCAAACUCUAUGGUCUAGAGGAAAUUUGUGGAAAAAUUCAUGUCCCAAAUCAAGCACCACAAGAAUCAGAGGAGUUGUCGGAGACAGAAGAACAAGAGAUUAACUGGAUAGCAGCAGCAAUAGCCUAUGGACCUGGUCUCUUCUGCGGAUUGGUGAUUGGACAUAUAUUUGUUACACAUAAUUAUGAGUGGUUCAUGGAAAAAUGUUAUUGAUACAAUCCUCUAGUCACCAUAAUAGGUCGUUGAACACCAUCUCUUGUAGUCUUUUUUUAAGUGUUUGUAUUUGUGAUAAAUUGUCAGAUGUUGUUUCUCGAACUCAUUAGUGUUUGUACUCGUCUGUUUUAUGGUUUUGUAACAAGUAAUGAAAUAACAAUGUU